CCACCUGUUGAGUAUCAACCUCUGCAGGUCCUUACCAUGACUAUAUCCCUAUCGUAGUAACUAAGUAGGUGCGAUAGGCUCCUUCAAGGUCACAGGACCACACAGCAAACCAACACUGAGCUGACCGGUGUCUAUCUCGCUGCUGUACCCGAUCUCUGAUCAGUUAACUCUUCCGUAAAACACACCAUCCUUCCGUCGUUCUCAUGUUGCCUGCGAUGCUGUAUCCGUGUUUGGCCGGGUCGGAUUGGAUAGUUAGAGGUACUUAAGUCCAAGGCACCAGGGAUCGUUGCAACUUGUCUGAUGAGUGCCUUUACCCGCUUCCCCUGAGGUACCCCGCAGUGACCUUCCGGCCCCGCCAGUUGCUAACAGGACGCUACCGGACCUGGGCUCUCGCUGUCAGCACCUCCCUAAAAUCCACCGUAGGAGUCAAGCGACUGAGACUGACUGCUGUCACUACUGCUGCGCCUGCCCCUGCUACUGCUGCUGCUGCUACCACUGCCUUCCUUGCCCGCCGAACUCAUCAACGAGCGACAAUCACAGAACAGGACUGAACCUUGCUCCCAAGGCCUGCAACCUGCUUACCCGCCACCUACUUCACCUCCUGCAUCACGCCUAACAACCUUUAGGUAUCUACCUCCCUUACCCACCAGCCUACCUAGAUGCCCAGGCGCGCUGCUGUCUACCUAUUCCAGCCAGUUCACUCGCUCACACGUACCGUUUGACAAGCGCUCAGACGGGGGAGGCGACUACCUUUUACCAUACCAAAACAUCAAGCUCGCACCAUCCUGUCUUCUUCCAUCAACACCCAACCCUCCAGGAUCCCAUCGAACCCACCGGUCGACCCUCUCUCUCCCUCUCUCUGUCCCCCCUCGCUCGCCGCUUGCCUCUCGCCGUUCGUCGAGAAUCCCACAAACCCUCUCUCCUUCAUCGCUGGUUCAAUUCGAUCCGGCCUGUAGCAUCCUUUACCCUCCCGCAUUCCGUGCUUCUUAGCCUUGCUCGGCCUUCCCGUCCGCCGCGUCACCUUAUCACCCACCGUCGCCGCACCCACCCCCCGAGCGAGGGAACUCCAAGGGCCCCCAAAAGCCCAAGCCCACUUGGCUCGUCGAAGCGGGGGGCUUUCUGCACCACACAGUAAAGCACAGCCUCAGCUCUGCCUUUCGCCAUCACUUCUUGUCGUCCUCAACGCCAAUUCGGCCUACCUGAUCUCAUAUCAGCAGACACCGUCCUCUGCUUGUCGCCGCUGCAUCCCGUCGUCGCCGAAGCAUCCCUUUUCGCCGUAACCUGCGACCGGUCUUUCCCAAACACUUUGGCCGAAUCCUCCCCAACCUCUCAUUUGUUCCAGGAACAAACCACCUUCUUCUGAGCACGACAGAUAUUUUGGGAGUCGAUACCGUUGUCGCUGGCUAUCCUGCGACGAAAUGAGUUCCUCCCGCAAUGAUGCCGGGCAGCCCAACCGCAAGCCCAACCUUCGAGUUACGAUCAUCGCCGCAGAUGGCCUGUACAAGCGAGAUGUCUUCCGCUUCCCGGAUCCCUUCGCCGUCAUCACUGUCAACGGAGACCAAACCAAAACCACGACGGCCCAGAAGCGGACACUGAACCCGUACUGGAAUGAAAGCUUUGACCUCAACGUAAACGAGGAUACCAUCCUAGCCGUCCAGGUAUUUGAUCAGAAGAAGUUCAAAAAGAAGGACCAAGGUUUCUUGGGCGUCAUCAACGUCCGAAUCGGCGAUGUCAUUGAGUUGGCACCAGACGCUGAUGACCAGAUGCUCACGCGAGACCUCAAGAAGUCGACCGACAACCUAGUAGUGCACGGAAAGCUGAUAAUCAACUUGUCGACGAACCUCACCACACCCGCUCGGGCCGGACAGGCCUCGUCUAGCCGACCCUCACUCGCUCCACCGGCGCAAGGUUCUAGCAUUUCGACAUUAUCGGCCCCGACGGCUGACGCUAGGCCGGGUUCUGCGAUGGGUGUUCCUAAUGGCGGCCCGACACCCGGGUCCCAGGUUAAUCUCCCGCACAGGCCGGCCAGCAUGACCUCAAAUGGGCCUCCUCCGUCUGCCAACGGCGCAGCAGCUCCUGCACGCCAGUCCAGCACCCUCAGUCCCUUUGAAGAUGCCCAAGGCCGAUUGCCAGCUGGCUGGGAACGCCGAGAGGAUAAUCUGGGCCGUACAUACUAUGUCGAUCACAACACCAGAACCACCAGCUGGAACAGGCCAACCGUUGCCGGAGCUGUGGAACAGAGGAACGACCGCGAGGCAGCGACCCAAGUGGAGCGCCAGAGACAUCAGAACCGAACCCUUCCCGAGGACCGAACCGGUGCAAACUCGCCGACUUUGCAAGCCCAGCAAGCGGCCGCUGCUCAGAAUGCUCAAAACUCCACGAUGAUGCAUACUGGAGCGACGAGUCCGGGCACUGGCGAGCUGCCGCCUGGGUGGGAACAGAGAUGGACCCCGGAGGGUCGCCCGUAUUUCGUGGACCACAACACUCGGACGACCACCUGGGUCGAUCCCCGUCGGCAACAAUACAUCCGUAUGUAUGGCGGGCAAAACAACCAGAACGGGACGAUCCAGCAGCAGCCCGUAUCGCAGCUGGGACCUUUACCAAGCGGCUGGGAGAUGCGCCUGACAAACACCGCCAGAGUGUACUUCGUGGAUCACAAUACGAAGACCACCACGUGGGACGACCCUCGCUUGCCCUCCUCCCUGGAUCAGAACGUGCCGCAGUACAAGCGAGACUUCAGGAGGAAGCUCAUCUACUUCCGCUCGCAACCCGCGAUGCGCAUUCUUUCUGGACAAUGCCACAUCAAAGUCCGGCGUUCCCAUAUCUUCGAGGACUCGUUUGCAGAAAUUACUCGGCAAUCUGCCACUGAUUUGAAGAAGCGACUCAUGAUCAAGUUUGACGGUGAGGAUGGUCUUGACUACGGCGGUCUUUCCAGAGAGUUCUUCUUUUUGCUCUCCCACGAAAUGUUCAACCCCUUCUACUGCCUAUUCGAAUACUCUGCCCACGACAACUACACCCUCCAGAUCAAUCCCCACUCCGGAAUCAACCCCGAGCAUUUGAACUACUUCAAGUUCAUCGGCCGCGUUGUGGGUCUGGCCAUUUUCCACCGUCGUUUCCUUGACGCCUUUUUCAUCGGUGCUUUGUACAAGAUGAUACUUGGCAAGUCGGUCGUCCUGGCUGACAUGGAGGGUGUCGACGCCGACUUCCACCGAUCUCUGCAGUGGAUGUUGGACAACGACAUCUCUGGAGGAAUUCUCGAGCAGACGUUCUCUACGGAAGACGAGCGCUUUGGCGUCAUGACUGUCGAGGAUCUCAUCCCCGGUGGUCGUGAUAUUGAUGUGACAAAUGAGAACAAGAAGGAGUACGUCGACCUGAUGGUCAAGUGGAGAAUCGAGAAGCGUAUUGCAGAGCAGUUCCAGGCCUUCAAGGACGGCUUCCACGAGCUCAUUCCUCAGGACCUGGUCAAUGUUUUCGACGAACGCGAGCUUGAGCUGCUCAUUGGUGGUAUUGCCGAGAUCGACGUUGACGACUGGAAGAAACAUACCGACUACCGUGGUUACACUGAGUCGGACGAGGUUAUUCAAUUCUUCUGGCAGACGAUCAGGUCAUGGGACGGAGAACAGAAGUCGCGUUUGCUCCAGUUCGCCACGGGCACUUCUCGUAUCCCCGUCAACGGGUUCAAGGAUCUUCAGGGCAGUGACGGACCGAGAAGGUUCACAAUUGAGAAGGCGGGCGAGAUCAACAACCUUCCCAAGGCUCACACAUGUUUCAACCGUUUGGACCUGCCGCCAUACAAAAGUCUCGAAAUGCUGCAGCAGAAGCUCACCAUUGCCGUUGAGGAGACCAUGGGCUUCGGUCAAGAAUAGACGUCCCAUCGAUCACAUCAACCACCCUUGACGCUUCUGCGUGGCAGAAGCACGACCAGGACCUGUGCCACCUUCACAUAGUGGCCAUGUCUCAUUCUGAGUCGAGGCCUGCGUGUCAGAUAUGGUGCCCACUUUACGUUGAAAGAUGGGGCCAGACCUCGAACCUUGUUGGCGUGGAAAUUUGCAGCAUCAAAUUCAUUCGGAUGUUUGGCGUGCGGUAGGGCUCCUUGGAAUAAACCUCUGUUUCUCCUUUCUAUAUGCGGAGGCUUGUGGGAAGUGAUGACGAGACGAAGCGAUUCGAGCCGAAAAGCGGCCAAGUACGAGCAGAGAGUAGCGACGGAAGGACCAGCCGUGUUGUACCAAAAAACUCCUUGGGUGCGGCGAGGUUGUAUCGAGAACUAGACGUCUGCGAUGUGAGUCGUAGCCAGGAGGGAUUAAUAGCGGUCUGAAGAGAAGACACCAAACGACUUGAGUCUUUCAAGGACAAGAAACAGGAGGACUAUCCAUGGAUUGAAGGGCGCAUUUGAUUGUAACGGGCAUCACAACUCCAGUGCGGAAUCCGCAUCAGACAUAGUUUAUUUUAUUUUAUAUACACAC